UUGCAGCAAAUCCCCGUUAAAAGUUAAAACCCCUUCAACGAUUUCUCUAUCUGAAAGACAGGAGAAAAAUGGCUAUGGCAGCUUCAACAUCUCUGCGCAUUUCCAUCACACUCCAGUGCUCCCGUAACAACGCCUUCUUUGUGGACCGGCCCUUUAGCCGAACCAACCUCCCUUUCCCACGCCACCGUUCUUCUUCCUCCCUUCUCACCUUCGCUCGCCGGCGAAGCAAGCCCCACCGCCCUGCUACCACUUCCUCUAACAAAAAGAAACAAAAGAGGGACGAUGAGGAAGAUGAAGAUUUAGAUGAAGAUGCUUUUGAGGCGCUGUUUCGUCAGCUUGAAGAAGAUCUGAAAAAUGACAAACUCUCUUUGGAUGAUGAUGAUGACGAUGAAAUAACAGAGGAGGACCUUGCAAAUCUUGAGCGUGAACUCGAAGAGGCUCUGAAGGAUGAUGAGCUAUCCGGAGUUUUUGAAUCAAUUGUAGAUGGAGAAAUUAAAAAUGUAGCUGAAGAGGAAGAAGAAGAAGAAGAAGAAGAGGGUGAGGUAGCUGCAGCUAUAAAAGGAGAUGAAGAUGAUGAUGAUGAUGAAGAAGAUGAAGAUGAAGAUGAAGAUGAAAAGCCAGUAAGAUUGAGAAAUUGGCAACUUAAGAGACUGGCUUAUGCACUAAAAGAUGGUCGACGAAAGACAAGUAUAAAAAAUCUUGCAGCUGAUGUCUGUCUUGACAGAGCUGUUGUUCUCGAACUACUCCGUGAUCCUCCUCCGCAUCUUGUAUUGCUGAGUGCUGCCUUACCUGAUAAACCUAUUUCAACAAUCUCAGAGCCUCCGAGCAUCCCACUCGAAACUGUUCCUCUGGAAGAAGCCACGGACACUGCAGAAACAAAGACUACGGUGGAAAUGCCAGUUCAUGUUAUGCAACGCAACUGGGCUGCUAAAAAGAGAAUUAAGAAAAAGCAACUUGAAACCCUUGAACUAGUUUAUCGAAGAUCGCAGAGACCAACUAAUGCGAUGAUUAGCAGCAUUGUGCAUGUCACCAAUCUUCCCCAUAAAAGAGUUGUGAAGUGGUUCGAAGACAAGCGUGCUGGGGACGGUGUUCCUGAUCAUCACAUUCCAAAGCUUCCAUACCGGCGAUCUGCUGCUCCCGAGAUUCCCCCCAGUUGAUACAAGGUCAUUCAGACUUCUUCCUUUUAGUUCAGUAGCAAGGAUGCCAUAAAGUACAACAUAUCCUUUCCCAAUCAAGGAUGGUAAGUUGGAAUUCUGGUUUAUUUGACGGAGAGAGUUAAUAAGACCAUGGACAUAAUAUUUUAAGGGAAAUCUUGAAUAAUUGUCUAUGAGUCAUACUAUAUUUAUCUAUUAAAAUUAUUUUAAA